GGCCCGGUGUGAGGGCGCGGCCUGAAGCGGAGCUCAAGAUGGCCCUGGGGUCUCGGGGCUUCUCGCUGCUCCGCGGCCACCUAGGCGGGAGAGCGAUGCCGUCCGGGACCCUGCGGGGCGCGGCCAGGCGAGGACCAGAAGGGAGAAGAGAGUCCGUCCUCCAGAGGUCACCACUGUCUGCCAUCCCACCUUUAUGCAGGAGAGACUGAAGGGAGCUGGUGGAUCAAAGAAGGCUGAGACUACUGACCUUCACAAUGGAUCCACAUGAAGCCACUGUCAUCUCAGGUACUGAAAUGGCCAAGCAGAUCCAGAAGGAAGUUCAGCGAGGUGUGGAGGCCUGGCUAGCACUUGGGCAUGAGAGACCUCAUCUGAGCAUUGUUUUAGUGGGUGACAACCCAGCAAGCCACACAUAUGUGAGGAACAAGAUACGAGCUGCCUCCGCCAUAGGUAUUUGUAGUGAGCUCAUUCUAAAACCAAAGGAAGUUUCUCAAGAAGAACUUUUGGAUAUAACUGAUCAGUUGAACAUGGAUCCCAAAGUCAGUGGUAUACUCGUUCAGUUGCCACUUCCAGAGCACGUGGAUGAGCGAACAAUAUGCAAUGGAAUUGCCCCAGGAAAAGAUGUGGAUGGGUUUCACAUUAUCAAUGUGGGAAGACUGUGCCUGGACCAGCAUUCCUUCAUCCCUGCCACUGCUGGUGCUGUCUGGGAGAUCAUCAAAAGGACAGGAAUUGAAACCUUUGGGAAAAGUGUGGUUGUGGUGGGAAGAUCAAAGCACGUGGGCCUGCCAAUUGCCAUGCUCCUGCACACAGAUGGAGACCACGAGCGCCCAGGAGGUGAUGCAACAGUAACCAUAGCGCACAGAUACACCCCCAGGGAGCAGCUGAAGACCCAGACACGGCUGGCAGACAUUGUUGUGGUCGCUGCAGGUGUUCCAAAGUUGAUCACUCCUGAUAUGGUUAAAGAAGGUGCUGCUGUGAUUGACGUGGGCAUCAACUACAUCUGCGAUCCUGUGACAGGAAAGACAAAGUUAGUUGGUGAUGUGGACUUUGAAGCUGUGAGGAAGAAAGCCAGCUUUAUCACUCCAGUCCCCGGAGGUGUGGGCCCCGUGACGGUGGCGACUCUUCUGAGGAACACCCUCCUGGCAGCUCAGAAAGUCGUUUACUAGAGCACAGGAAGAAUAAAGCAACUGGGGACAUCACAGUGGUCACGGACUUGACAGACAGCAAGAAGCUGUGUAUUGUAUUACAAAGCUAUUUAUUUGUAUGUUGUCUUUUUUUUCUCCAUGGAUAGAAUCAUCGUGGACAAGAUGGUUCACAUAAUUUUGGAACACAAUUCCAAACUUUGAGUGUUAGGAAAAACCAACACAAUUUGAAUGACCAUUUUGUUCAUCAUUUUAUGGGUGUUUGUUCAUAAUGUUUAGAUAAUAAAGGGUUCAUAAUACAUACUUUUGUUUACAUGGUGAGAUCUCACACACACUGUUGUAACAACUGUUGUAUCGGCCAAAUGUGCACCCAUGUAUGAAACAAUUUAGGUUUUACCAUAAGUGUGCUUAGUUGUUACAAUCCAUGUUUUAUAUCAAAUACCUUCUAAGGGAAACAUGAAAUAGUAAAAUAAAUCUUCACUUUAGAUAACUCCCAGAUGCAACCAACAAGGCCAUCCUAGUGAGAAGUGAUAUUCUAUUGAAGGAAAGAAAAAUAUCCAAGGCAGGUGAAAGAUCCAGAGCCACUGGAAAGUGGUGAUUCUAUGAAAACCUGGAGCACUAUUCGCCAUAGUAAUACAUAUGAAAAAAGUCUUAGGCUUAGCAUUUUUCUCUUCUUCCAAGAAAGUAUUUGGACAGUAACUUUGUUAAAGAAUAAUGGGGAAAUCCAAAAUACAUCUAAUACUGUGUUUGUCCACCAACAUCAAAAAACUUGGUAGAGUAUGAAGGAGGAUGCCAUUAAAGGACAGCAACUAAAAGAUUUGCUUCCAAAGUCAGAAAUCUAGUAGGAAAGCAGAGCGUUUUCAAUGUGCUGAGACUACAUCUUAGGAUGCAACUGCAAAUCUACAGCUGUGUAUCCACAGUUCUUCCCUCUUCCCCUAUGAAAUUUGUUUCUCAAAAGAGAUGUGGGCUCUCUAGCACAAUUUAAAUUAGGAAACACAAGUGAACAGUAGUUAAAGGCUACUUUGAGACUACUAGAGUACUAUAACUGGCAUUUACUUUACAUGCACAAAUCCCAGUAUGUUCAUGAGCUAAUGGUGAUUUUUAUUUUACAUGUAUCUUUAUCAAUGCAUACUCUUGAUCAUUUUGUGAAAAUAGAUUAAAUGUUUAAAAUUAACAUUUCAACUACAGAAUAAAACAAUUUGAAGAAGGAUAUCUGUAUUCCCUCUCUUUUUGAAGAUAGCUGUAAGUUUUGUUGUUGCUCAUACAUUGUUACCUGAAUGCUAAAAAAGAGUUACAAGUUUCCCAAAUAUGAAAGAAAUGAUACUAUAAUAAAUUCAAUAAUCAGUAUAGACCAACCUUUGUCUAGUAAUCUCAGAAAUUUAAAUCCAAAGUUCACAAGCACACAUUUCAGAAGGGACCUCCUUAACUUUUAAGGGUCCUUAACUCCCCACAACAUAUGACCCAAAAACUUUAGUUUUGAGCUCAUACCCAUGGUAUAAGAGGGAUUAUGCUGGAAUAAUAUUCAGGACUCAGCCUUUCCAGAGUCUAACUAAGUGCUGUGAAACAAAAAUUCUAACAGUUGCUGCACACCGUAAGGAAGCAUUUAUUCCAGACUGUUGCAGUGGAGUGGGACGUACAGAGAGGAAAAAUGUACUUCACUCUGUACACAGCACAGACAGCUGGAAAUUCUGGAUUCUGGGCCCCUGAAGAAAGGUGGGGGUCAGUGGGCAGGAAAGCACUAAGAGGAACUUGGUUAGACAUUGGGCUUGGGCAGUUCUUGCUAAGCUGGCUCAUCAGUAUGUUGAUAAUAACGGGCUACAACUAAGAUACUAAGGGGAUGAGAAACAAGACGUGGGUAGGGUGGUGGUCUAACAGCUGAUUUAGCAGAGUGAUUCUCUGCAAAAGUCAAGCUCAGUGGGUGGAAUAAGGGCAAGAUCUGUGCAAAGAAACUUCCGAGGUGCCCAACUCAAGUUUGAAGAAGCCUGUCAGCAAAGGAAAGAGAUAAAGUCACUUCUUUGGUACCAUGACUAUGUAUGGAGUCCAUUAUACACCGGCAAACACCGGCUUUGUGGAGGAGCUCAGAGACAGAUAUCUGUGCCUGUGCUGUUGGUGUCUGUGAAUAAUCUGUGGAAAGGGUCCAAAGAAAGAACAGGAGUCAGACAAAAACUAGAGGAUGGCAAGCCAAGGAAGUAUGAAAGCAACGGUUGCCAUUGCCGCUCAGAUGAAAAUAAAAGGUGUGAGAGGCGAAGUUCUGGAAAUGUAGCCAGAUCAACAUGCAAAGCAGAUUUGUGGAAAACAAGGUAAACCAGAAUGCAGAGCAUUCUUAAUGGUGAAGACUGCAGGUAGAGGCUGGGCUAGGCGGCCACUGAUCAGGGCAAGGAGUUGUAAGUGGGCGUGGAAUUUGGAGAAGAGAUGACAUGUUCAGGUUUAAGACAAAUUGAGGUGGGAGUGAUGACAAAAUAUGUAAAUAAACUCAGAAGUAAUAUCAGUCCCGGAAAAGGAUCGGCACUCAUGGCCUGUGGUGAAAAUCUAGGAUUCAUCGCACAUGCCAGCCAUGGAGUCCCUGCCCUUCCGCAUGUGGGCACAUGAUGUCUGUCUGCUCUUGCCAAAGAGCAGACUUUCCUCUGGCUUGAGCACCCCUCGGGGUUGGAGUGCUUCUUUUGCUUCUCUCUUUUUUUUUGUGCAGGGAGGGUCAUUUAUUCUUUAUUAACGAUCUCCAUGUAAUAGACGAUGAAAUUUGCCUUCUGGGUUAUUAAAAUGUCCCAGCCAAGGCCAGAUGGAUAGUGAAGUUGGGAUCAGAUUUAAAAUAAGAUCUGCUGGGAUGAUGGAAUUGGAGCCCAUAUUUUCACUACCUCAUAUCACUGCCUUUGAUGACCUCUCCCCCUAAAGUCCUUUAUCCUGUCAGAUGGUUGUGGACCCCACAGAAGGAGCAGCAGCUGGACUGACUAGAGCUAUUAUCUGGCCUAAACCUUAAGCCAAAACAGUAAAUGAGUUUCCUUAUGUCAUGGCCUAGGUCACCACAGCGGGAAACAUCUCAACAGGCAGUGGUUCUCCAUGCUCAGUCCUGAUGUGAAUGCAAACCAGUGUUUCUUCAAUUUCUUGUAAUAAAAUUUACUGCUUAACAUUAGCGAUAAUGAAAAGGACAUCAAUCUACCAAAGAACACAGCUGAUGAAAAGAAACGUGUACCUGAGUAGGAGUCUAGGAUGAGAUUGAAGUCUAAAUUCUGAGUCAUGCUUUUAUUAACAACUAAGUUAGGUAGAAAUAUUCUAGGCAGUUGGAUGGCUAGGCCUCUGACGGAGACAGUGCAGAGGAUGAGAAUGCAUUACAACUGUGACUUGAGGCGUACCCAUUAAAGGUCAGGUCUCAAAAUAAAGGCAAAGUGACCAAGCCUCCCUGCCUCCCCCUGGGCUAAGCAACAUACUAUAAUAGGUGUCACCUGGUCCAAUAAAGUCUAGAUAGGUAUCAGUAACCCAGGUGGGUGACCAGGACCUCUUGAUUUAUCUCUUUCAAAAAAAGGCCCUUGUUCUUUCCAUGUACACUUGCUACAUGACUUGCUUCCCCAUUCGAUCAACAUUUCCUAAGCAGCUAUACUGAUAAACUUAUUGAUUGAUUAUGCUUUUGUCCUGUGUUGUACCCACCUUAUGAUUUCACGGCUUAAAACUUCCUUUGAGAAGUGGGCUUCCUGACAACCCACUCAGGCCCUUUCCUGUCUCUCAGAAGCUGUCUCUCCCACAAUAAAAUUUGCUACUCUUAACCUCUGUUGUUCCUUCAAAUUCACUUUUUGAUUUUAGAGAACACAAACUCAACCUAUCAGAGAUGGUAGAGUUAUAAUAUUUCCCUUAUAUCAUUUAGAGGUCCUAUACCAAUGUCCUUUAGCAAAUCGUAAUUCUUUACUUUUUUUUUUCUUUUUGUGGUGUUAGAGAGUGAACCCAUGGUCCCAUAUAUGCUAAGCAAGAGCUUCACCCAGCCCCUACUCCUCUGUUGAGCUUUCAUUUUUCAUUUCUCAUCUGAAAAUAAAGAAGGGCAAUUAUUUAUUUCUUUAUGCAUUCAAGAAAAACUUAUUAUUUACUAUAUGUCAGACUCUGAAUUUCUUUGGGCCAGAAUUGCUAAAGGAAGAAUCAAGAUAUAUGUGAAAAUCCAUAAAUCAAAUGCACUAUGCUAGCGUCAGGUCAUUGUUACUAUAAAGAGGAUCAUUAUACUUCUGUCUCACAGUCUUAGAAAUAAAGAUGUUUUGGCUUCACACUAGACAGGAAGUAUUUCAAAGAAUCAACAAUGGGGAGCUCAUCCUAUUAAAAAGCUUUUGUACAUCAAAAGAAAUCACCAACAGACUGAAAAGAUAACAUACAGAGUGGCGAAAAAAUUUAGCCAACUGUUCCUCAAACAAACAACUUUAUAACUAGAACAUAUAAAGAACUGAAAAAUCAGAACCACUCCAAAUUCAAAGACCCAGUCUAAAAGUGGAACAUCUGAGAUGAAUAUGCACUUAUUAGAUAAAAUACAAACAGCAGAUAAAGCUAUGAAAAACUGUUUAACAUCGUGGGAUAUACAAAUUAAAACAACAGUGAGAUUCUAUUUCACCCCAAAAAGAAAGGCUAUCAUCAAGAAAUCAAGCAAUAACAAAUACUGGCAGGGGGGGAGGUGCUGUGGGAAAAAAAGCCUUUUCCACAGUUGGUGGUAGUGCAUACUGGUUCAACCAUAAUGAAAAUCAGUGUGGAGAUUCCUUAAAAAACUAGGAUUAGAGGUCCCAUCCAACCCAGCCAUUCC